AUACCGGGAUACUCCGGGAUACACCGGGAUUCACCGGGAUUCACCGCGGCACCGACAGCGACGCGCGCCGGGGCGUCCAGAUCGGCACCGACCUGACCUGACCCGACCCGGGCCACCGACACCCUCAGCCCACCCGGGAGCGGCGCCGCCGCCGAUCCCCUCAGGGCCGCGCUUUCGCUUUCGCCACUCCCCGCCCGGCUCGCUCGCAGCGGCCGGGCCCGGUGCCCGGGGGUGUGAGGGAAGCGGGCCCGGCACCGCACGGAGCCAUGGCCAUCGCGGCCGUGCCCGCCGCCGAGUCCCGGCUCUGCGGCAACUGCAAAAAGGACAUUCCUGCAGUCAACUUCAUCAUCCAUGAAAUCCACUGUAGGAGAAAUAUUGAAAUAUGCCCCUACUGCAGCGACUCCAUCCCAAAGUCUGAGAUGAAGAACCACAUUGAGUCUGAACAUGUGCAGGUCACCUGCAAGUGCAGGAUGAAGAUGGAAAGCAGCCACCUGAAGGAUCAUGAGGCAUCCUCGUGCCCCCUGCGCCCCGUGCUGUGCCAGUUCUGUGACAUCCAGCUGGCUUUCAACAAACUGCAGGAGCACGAGCUGUACUGCGGGGCCAGGACCGAGCCCUGCGGGCGCUGCGGCCGCAACGUCCUGCUCAGGGAGCUCAAGGAGCACCCCCGGCUCUGUGGCACUCAGGACAAGGCAGCCAAGGGCAGCAGGACAGAGCCAGGAUUCGGCAAUGAGGAUGGAGCCAGGAGGAGCCAACAGGGAGCAGGGGAUGAGCUGGAGAGACCUGAAAUCCUUCAUUCCCAACUUGCUGAAGACUGGAACGCUGACCUGGACUAUGUGUUGGCUCUCAGCCUGCAAAGUGAGAAUAAUCCUCACCAGAACACUGCAGCUGACAUUCCCAGGGAUUUCUGGGAAUAUGACUACACCAAAGAGCCUGGACAAUCUGCCCAUCUUGGUGGAGCAGACCUGUCUGACAUCUCCUGUGACUCUCCAGGGUCCUUUAACACAUCAAACCACAGCAAAAUAGACAAGGAGAUGAUCAUGUUGCCCUGUGAGUUCUGUGAGGAGCUGUGUCCUGCUGAAGAUCUGAUCCUCCACCAGACAGGGUGUAACCCAGCAAGUGCCUUUGCCUCGUUCAGUAAGAGAAGUUCUUCUCCAAAUCCAUGGGAAUACAGUGGUGUGAGAGCUGGGGGGUCCAGCAGCCACAGGACUGUCCCUUCAUCCCAGCCCCAAGCUGUCCAGGCAGAAGGAGACAUCAUGAUUCCCUGUGAAUUCUGUGGCAUCCAGCUGGAAGAGGAGAUUCUCUUUCAUCACCAGCACCACUGUGACCUGCGCCCUGCCAGCCCCACAGGUGACAUUCCAGCCCAGGAGCUGCCAGCUGAGCCCCACGGGGACAGACGGGAAUCGCCAGAGCCGGCUCGGCGACGGAUCCGGCACCAAGGAGAUGUCUCUCCUUGGCACACAGAAGGCUUUGGGAAGCUGGGGCUGUGCCCUGCUGCAGGGACCAGGCUGAGGACAGAGGUGGCCAAGGCUGGCGAUGCAGGGUUGUCCCCUCCAGGGAGAGCCGGUGGCAGCAAGCCCAGGAAGGGGAAUGGCGGCGAGGGGACAGCGAAGGACAGAGGUGACUCUGCAGCUGGGACAGCACCUCGGGCAAGAGCUGCUCACUCCCAGGCUGCUGAAACCUUCACUUCCAGCUCCUCCAGAGCUGCUCCAGCCCAGCCAAGCUCCAGCAGUGCCGGAGGGAGGAGCCUGGGGCUGGCGGACGGGCGCAGCGGCCUCCGGCGCCGCGGCUCCAAGGCAAAAGCCCAGAGCCCAGCAGCUGGACACCCGGAGGAGUGAGCCAGAGAAAAUCACGGAGUGCCCAGCCCUGGUCCCAGGCUCUGCCAGAAUCGUUGGGCCAAGCACAAGCAAGUUCUGACACUGAGCUUCAAUUUUUAGGCAUUAACCAUUUUCUAAAUCUCUAUUUUUAAUCUGUGAGAGCAAAUUUCGAGUUUUUAUGUCUCUGAUCACCUUGAGCACCACCCCCAAGGCAUCAAACUGAGUCUUACCUUGGGCCCCACCUGAGUUCUGUGUCCCUGUGGGCUCCUUGUGCCACCCCGAGCUCUGGGCGUGUCCUGCCCUGGGAUGCUCAGGCACAGCUGGUGACACCAACAGGGAGCAGUCAAUGCUCUGCACCUGUCCCACACUGAGCAGGGUUGAGGGUUGGGGCUCCAAGGCUUCUCAAUCCUGCAUUUUCAAGUUAAAAGCUUUUAAAGUUCCUUGGAAUAAAACUUCUCUGAUGCUGUCCCAAA